GUGCGUGACCACCAGCUGGCCAGUGAAAUUGCUUCUCUGAUCUUCCAAUCUCUCACUCCAAAACCCGUUCCUGGUUUCUCUUACCUUCAUACUCUCUCUCCUCUUUCCCACCUAUCACAGGAACUGCAGCCCAAGACUGUGCAGUGUUGAAAAACUUCUUGCAAAAUUGAUUGGGUAAUGAUGAUGUAGAGAGAGAGAAAGAAAGAGAGAGCAUCAAAUCAGUGCAAGCCAUUGGUGAUUGGCGACUUCUUUUCUGGGUUGGGUUGGUCUUUGCUUGUGGAGUUUGUUCUUGUCCCUGUGCAUGAAUUUUCUUCGGCCGUGCUCAUGCAUUCUCCUUCUCCUUCUUCUUCAUCAUCAUCAUCAUUUUUGGCUUUGAUGGGUUCACGAGGAGGAGAGUUUGGGGAGAGAGAGAGAGAUGGGGGAGAGGAAAGGAGAGAGAAGUGGCUGUGCAUCUGUGUACAGAACUGCACAAGCUGGUCUUGCUUCAGACAUAGGCACUCUGCUUCCAUGGCUGCUUUUAAGUAAGACGCAAGAGAAACCUUGCUUUAAAAUUCUCCACUCGAGUGUCAUGAACUUGCACUGAAAGUGCCAAACCAAGAAGAAGAAAGAAACCCCUGGCAAACACGAAAAGAGUCAAAAAGUAAAAGAGCAAGCUCGAUCUUUACUUGAUCUGAUAUAAGGUCUCUCUGUUUGAGAGAAAGUCACAGUCCAACUUUUUCCAGACAUGAAGAGACUUGGCAGCUCAGAUUCGUUGGGUGCUCUGAUGUCCAUCUGCCCACCUUCAGAGGAAUUGCAACACAGUCCGAGAAACAGCAACCCCAUCUACAACAGCAGGGACCUGCAGUCCAUGUUGGAGCUGGGCCUCGACGAGGAAGGCUGUGUGGAGGACCAGGCCGCCGGGCACGUGGCCGGCGAGAAGAAGAGGAGGCUGAGCAUCGACCAGGUCAAGGCCUUGGAGAAGAACUUCGAGGUCGAGAACAAGCUCGAGCCGGAGAGGAAGGUGAAGCUGGCCCAGGAGCUGGGGCUGCAGCCGCGGCAGGUGGCCGUGUGGUUCCAGAACCGCCGUGCGCGGUGGAAGACGAAGCAGCUGGAGAGAGACUACGGCGUGCUCAAGUCCAAUUACGAAGCUCUCAAGCUCAACCACGACGCUCUCAAGCACGACAACGAGGCCCUUCGCAAGGAGAUACAGGAACUGAAAUCCAAGCUCAACGAAGAAGAAGACAACCCCGAGAGCAACCUCUCCGUCAAAGAAGAGGUCAUCAUGCCUGGCCACGACUCCGACAAGAUCCGGGCCACGGACGCCGGCGACGAAACCAAAGCCCCUCCUCCCCCUCCGGUCGCUGCUCCUCCCCCUCGCGAGCUAAGCUUCAACAAUGGCGGGCUUAAGGACGGGUCGUCCGACAGCGACUCGAGCGCGAUCGUGAACGAAGAGAAUGCCGCGACCAGCAGCAGCAGCCCGAACCCCGCCGUCCAGAGCCACAGCGGCUUCUUGACAUUCAUCGGGUCGUCAUCCUCUUCCGCCUCCCCACCGCCACCGCCGCCAUCUUCCUUUGGGGGUUGCUUCGGCUUCCAGUUCCAGAGAGUGUACCAGCCUCAGCCUCAGCCUCCUCAUCACCACCACCACCACCACCACCAGAGUCAGUACGUGAAGAUGGAGGAGCACAAUUUCCUCGGCGGCGAGGAGGACUGCAACUUCUUCUCCGACGAGCAGGCUCCGACGCUGCAAUGGUACUGCCCCGAUCAGUGGAACUGACGGAUCCCAACCUUCUUUCGGUGGAUGGAACUACAGAUUAGAGAGAGACGAAUGGAGGGAACACCUAACGGCAUGGGCCGACGAAGCGAUAUGAAUUUUCGGGUACAUGAUGGCGCGAAUCACUUCGACUGGGCAUGACACGAGGAGAGUAAGAUCGAGAGAGGGGUUCGGUUGUGGACCGGGAAUUCGAGUAGUAUACGGAUGCAAAUUGAAAUUGAAUAUGAUGCGAUAUGCUAAUGUUUUGUUUCCUCUUGUGAUGGAUCAUGAGAACUAAGCAAUGGACUAUGGAUAAGUCAAAACAAGAACUCAUGAACAAGUUGAGGACCCAAUUAAAAUUAUCGUGGGUGUCUCUUAGGUCCAUUGGGUGAAUAAUAGUGUCUCAAAUUCCUGACCACAAGACAUUAUCAAUGCGCGAUCAAAUUAUAUUCCUGAUCAAUCGGCAGGCAGCAGCAAAUCUGACCCAAAA